CGCGGCCCGGCCCGGCCCUCCCUCAGCUUAGCUCAGCUGCAUGAAAUAUGGGAGACGACAGGCCGUUUGUGUGCAAUGCCCCCGGCUGUGGACAGAGGUUUACAAACGAGGACCACCUGGCGGUUCAUAAACACAAGCAUGAGAUGACAUUGAAAUUCGGCCCUGCUCGAACUGACUCAGUCAUCAUAGCAGAUCAGACUCCGACCCCAACUCGGUUCUUGAAGAACUGUGAAGAAGUGGGACUCUUCAAUGAACUGGCCAGCUCCUUUGAGCACGAGUUCAAGAAAGCCGCGGAGGAUGACGAGAAAAAGGCAAGAGGCAAAGGCCACCGUUGCCGUAAAACGGAGCCGGCGCAUAUCGUGGGGAGUGCUGGAGCCCUGGACAUGUCUCUGCCCUCCACCCCGGACAUCAAGAUAAAGGAGGAAGAGCCGGUGGAGGUGGACUCUUCUCCGCCAGACAGCCCUGUAUCUAACCCGCAGUCGCCACAGAACAAGGAGAAGGAGAUCACCUCCAAGCCUGUAAUCAUUUCUACACCUACUCCAACCAUUGUGCGUCCAGGCUCGCUGCCACUACACUUGGGUUACGACCCACUCCACCCUACACUGCCUUCCCCAACCUCUGUCAUUACCCAGGCUCCCCCUUCCAACAGACAGCUUGGGUCUCCCACAGGUUCCCUUCCACUUGUCGUGCAGCUUGCAAACGGACAGACCAUGCCCGUCCUCCCAGGCCCUCCCGUACAGAUGCCUUCUGUUAUAUCGCUGGCUCGGCCGAUGUCCAUGGUGCCGAACAUUCCUGGUAUUCCUGGGCCACCCAUCAACAGCAGCGGGUCCAUUUCACCAUCAGGACUUCCAGUGCACUCAGAAGCCAAAAUGAGGCUGAAGGCCAGCUUGACGGCAUCUUCCUCGCUGAAUGGCAGCAACCUGGUGGUGGGCUCAGCCAGCACGAUGGUGACCGCACGUCCAGAGCAGAGUCAGAUACUUGUCCAGCACCCGGACGCCCCUUCCCCAGCUCAGCCACAGGUUUCCCCUGCCCAGCCCACCCCCAGCACCGGCGGGCGACGGAGACGCACGGUUGAUGAAGACCCGGAUGAGCGCCGGCAGCGGUUCCUGGAGCGGAACCGGGCUGCUGCAUCCCGCUGCCGUCAGAAACGCAAGCUCUGGGUGUCCUCCUUGGAGAAGAAAGCCGAGGAGCUCACGACCCAGAACAUCCAGCUGAGCAAUGAAGUUACGCUACUGAGGAACGAAGUUGCUCAACUUAAACAGCUCCUGCUGGCUCACAAGGACUGCCCCGUCACUGCACUACAGAAGAAAACACAGGGCUAUCUUGAAAGCCCAAAGGAGAGCUCUGAGCCCACCGGCUCCCCUGCUCCCGUCAUCCAGCACAGCUCCGUGACGGCCUCCCCCAACGGGCUCAGCGUCCGCUCGGCAGCAGAAGCGGUUGCCACUUCGGUGCUCACUCAGAUGGCGAGCCAAAGGACAGAACUGAGCAUGCCGAUACCGUCACACGUCAUCAUGGCUCCACAGUCGCAGUCUGCUGGCAGAUGAUGUCACAGCCUGUGCGUGUGACACGGAGCUAUAACCGCGAACUCGCAGCCGGAGAGACUGACCAUAACUAAGUCCCUGACGAGUGGGGCCGAUAAGGAUUUUUAUUUCUUCUUUUGUUUUUUUUUCAAGUGAGUUAAGGGCAGCUAUGGCGCUUCUUACACUGCAUAGCCUGUACAGAUCCUGGCCCCCAGCCGCUGCCCUGCCAUCGCCCGUCCCUGCAGGACGGCUGCAGAUUGAGCGCUUUUCUCGAUCCUUCAGUUGACGAUCCGUCAACUCACAGAGUCAUCCGAACACACAGAGCCUCACUUUGAAAAGCACCUUGAAAGGUUCGCUUUCAGGUAUCGGUUACAUUAACACUAAACCUCCAUGCUUGGUGGAUCCCCUUGGCGCUUUCACUCUUCCAAGUUCCCCCCCCUCCUCUGCUCUCAGCAAAGGAAAACAGCUCUUGGGAGGCUGUGACAUUUAGUCGUGCUGUCAAUGUAUUUUAUUUUUAACAGCAUGCUGCUUCCAGGCAUCUGCUCCCCCCUCUGCUCUAGCUACCUGAAACAUUGCACCUUCGCACAAGAAGCCUCCUUGAGCUCUGAGGUUAAAGGGAUCGAGGUUAGUCUCGUCACACACUAACUCCCAAGAUGCCAGCGACAGAUUUUUGGAUGCGAUGGGAGUGUAAUCGCUGUACAUCGGUUUGUGCCCAACAGUUGGGAGAGGGGGACAUGGGGCUGGGGACACACGCACGUGUUCCUGGGCACUUGUGUCGCACCGGGAGCUGCAGACGUUCGCGUGCUGCUCUUGUGAUGGGACGCUGUGGCUGCUGGAGGAAAGGUACCGUCUGUUCGGGCAGCGGAGGGGCUGCUCUCAGUCUUCCUUACAGUAAAUUGGUGCUGAUCUGCAUCGGCUGGGACCGGUGCAAAGGCGCUCUGGGAGGUACAUAAAAGGAUGAGCCAGCCCAGCAGGCAAUAAUUACGUGAGUCCCAGAAUUCAUCAUCUGCUCCCAACUCCACUGUACACCUUAGCAAACAAAUCCCUCCAUUUCCAAGGAUCAUGUCCUUUACACAUAACCUCGAUGACCUUAAAAAUGGUGGCCUUAAAUCAUUAAUGAGUUGCCUGUUCCAAGGGGAGGGAGCACGAAGUAGUGUUUCUGUUUGCCCGGUCUUUUACCUCUUCUUCAUGAUUAUCUUCCGCUCUCGGUGAUGGAGCAUCCAUUGUUUCCCAGCCAGAGCAAACGAAGGAUUCACAGAGCUUCCAGGACAGGUUAAAAACCCAGCCUUGAUGUUGAAAGACACUUAGAAUCGGGUCUGCUUUCUUGCCGGGCGGGCGUAUCAUGCGUGUGUGUCUGUGUGUGCUUCCCGAGGCUGCCGCUGGCCCUGGGCAAGCGAUCCGAGUUGAUAGUUUGGCAGAAGGAGUGCUGUGUGCGUUUGGGCUCUUAGAAGGAACCUCGUCAAAGUCCGUGCAGCUGCAUCAGCCCUUGGUCUUCCUCUCCUUCUCGGGAGGUCCCUCCUCACCUGAGCUCUCGCCCACCUCAGGUUGCACUCGCCACUUUUGAGCCAAGUUUGUUUGUCAAAUUGAUUUCGUUUGGCUUAUCCAGACUUGGAAGUUUUCCAGGGACAGCAAAACCCAAAGCAAAGUCUGAGCAAAGAACCGGAUCCCAUUACGGACAGCGAAGUUCAGCAGUUUGGUUUUUCCAUUGAUGGGAUCUGUCUUCUCCCCCUCCCCUCUUUUUUCAGAUUUUCCUCGACUUCUCAGCAGUAUCGACCGCAGCGUUUCUUGGGUUUGGUUUGUCUUGACGUGGUGCUGCACUCGCGCUCCCCUGAUUUCUCUUGUUCAUCUCGAGAGUCGUCUCGUGCGUCAUCAGGGUCACUUCUGGCCUGGGCAGUUUGCACUUUUGGUUCAGAUCCUGCGUAGCCCCCCCCAAAACCCGCCUUUUGUUUCUGUAAAGCUGUUUCUGCAGAGUCUGUGUAGACAAAUGUUUUGGCUUUUACUAUCCCGACACAGUAUGUGUUUCUGCAGCGAGAACGAGCUGUGAGAAGGGGACACGGGGCGGGUUUCGACAUGUCUCAAAGCCGUGCCACCUGGACAAAAAGGGGUUUCAGCCAGGUGAGGCACAGUGGGUGGUCAGGACCUUUUUGGGGGGCCAGGAUCUAAGGCAGAGGGUUUGCAGGAGGUACAAGAUCCAGCCCAGCUCUGCUUCCUCUCUUGGAGCUGCUGCUGGAUGCAGGUUGUAGAGCUGCGACAGGGAACGGCAGAAAACCCCGCGCUCCUUCGCUUGGCUCAAAAAUGCGUACAAAUGACCUAUCUUGCAGCAAAGGAAUUUGCUCUGGUCUUCAGAUCUGCUCGGUUUGCUUCAGGGGGCUUUGAAACAAGUGUCCCUCUUUCUUCCUUUGUCUGGGAAUAGCAGGAAUGACAAAAAUGUGUUGUAAACAUAUUUGCUUCAUCAGCCCAUUGGGUCCCUGUCCCUUGGUGGUAGUGCUCAGAGCCAGGAGCUGGGACGGCGUGCGGGGAGCGAGCGGUUGCGUGUCCAGCAGCGCCGACAGUAGCUCACCAGCUCCUCCUAGACUCUCUAAGCGGUCGGCUCUGCAGAAAAACCCUGUCUGUCGAGGAAAAGUGUUCGUUGAAAGAAGAGGGAAAGGAGGAAUUGAGCUCUGGGCUGAUCCCACCGCUGGUUCCUCGUUUGCUUCGUGGCGUCGGGGUCUGGUGGAUGAAGCAGAGGCGAGGAGCAGCCGGUGGCUUUGCUGCUGGGGUUGGGAGGAGGGAGUGAAGGGUGACAGUGGAGAGGCUACGAAUCCGGGACAGAGAGACGCACGGCAGUGUUAGCAUUGAAAGCAGCAGCUUCCCUGACCCCUUAUUUUUACCUUUAGGGACUAAAAUCUGUUUGAUCAGAGAGCCGAGACCACCCAGCCUGCCUGCGACUUGCCUGCAUCCCACAAAAGGGCUUUCCUUUUCCCUGCCCUGACCGCUCCGACCCUUGAAACCUCGCAGCACCAUUGGGCAUCGCGAGGUAGCUCAGACGUUGCCGGUGACGACUCAGGGGGAUGCAGGGGGCAGCUUUUCUCCCCAUCCCUCCGUGCCUCGGCAAUCCUGAUGCCAUCGGUGCUGCCCCGCUCCAGCAUCUCCCCAUCUCAGCUCCCCUCCGCCUGCGAGUGCUUAGUGCCUUGAAAAAAUCUGCAAACCCAUGAAAACGCGGUUGUAAAGCUCCAAACCUGGGCAGCAAUAAUUGGGGAAAAAGUGUUUGACCAUACCUUUACAUUUUACUCUUUUUAAAUCAACAGGGUUGCAGCUUUCCCGUGUCCCCUUCGGGUGUGUUUUACCCCAACAGCAUUCGAUACCUGCACUGCUGCUGCGAGAGCAGGUCCCGGAGCAGGUUUUGGGUCCCCGUUUCUCUUGCCGACCGCGUCCCUGCUUGCAGGGAGGGAGCCGGGUGGUGCGAAGCAGGAAUCCUCCCGCCCUGGGCAGGCUGAGCCCGCGAUGAGGAAGGUAGACAAAAAAAUCCCAGCGUGACCCUUAGCAAACACAUCUCCUGCCAGCUUCAGGCAAUGGGGGGAUUCUCCGGUCCCCUCCCGGUGCGAUGGAUGGACGUCCCAAGCCAUAAAUGUCACUUUGGGGCACAUGGGUGAGGUUCAUCCUUUGUUGGUGCCUGGCAGAGACGAUGCUGAGUCGGUCUUAAACCUCAGAAGGAGCUGAACGUCACAACACCGGGACGGAUGUCACUUUGCCAGCGGGAGGGACAGGUUUGGGUUUUAAGAGAUGACUCUUUCCAGGCUUUUCAGAGAGGAGGGUAUGUAGAGGGUACGUUUUCCACCAGUGGUGUGGCCACUGGUGGAAUAAUUUGGGCUGCCCAGGUAAUUAAAAAGCCCGCUGCUGAAGAGCCGGGGUCGGUGUGGUCUGUCCCGGAGCCGAGCUGCCCGUGCCGCUUCCGGGGAGCCUUUGGGCUCCUAAGGCGUGGAAAUCCCCGCUGAGCGCUUCAAACAGCUCCAAAGAGCCGAACGGCUGAUGGGUUUCUGCCCCACAUCGUUACCUCCUUCCUCAUCGCUUCUCUUGGGGGCGGUUUCUUCUCCAGGCCAGCGUGGCAGUAGUUGUGGAGGACGUGCUUUGGUUUUGGUGGUAGUUAGGGGGUUGAUUUUGGUUGGGACGGACUUCCCGGCAGGUCGGGGUUGCAGGGUUCCCCCCAGACCUGUGAGGACGGGUGAGUGUGAAGGUGGCUUUUUCUUCUCCUCCCUCCCAUGCGGGUUCAACUCUUGCUUGAAGACUUUGCGGAUGUCUUUAGGUGGGGCAAAAAAAACCCCUGAUUUCUGCUCUAGGGUGAUUUCUCUUGCUUUUCAGAGGCUCCCAGGGGAUGGCAGCCGCCUGGUCAGCUCCGCUCGGCAGCUCACCGGGCACCCGCAUUUCCCUCUGCCAGCCCUCGGGCCUCGGUCGCGGUGCCUUAACGAAAACCCCGGUUAGUGCUGGUGUCAGUCUCACGCGUCUUCUCCCAAAACCCAUCCAUGUAGUAGGAGUGUUUGGAUCGCGUGGGAUCUCCCUCCUCCUGCCGUGGCCAAGUUGAGGCGGUGAGAGUGGUAUUCGGGCUCCUCGCAGGCACGUGGAAGAGCCCUACAGGGUUUGAAGGUCGCGUUUAGGUUGGGAUGGAGUCAGGGAGAGCCCCAGCGGCGGCAUCGGCCAUUGGGAGUCGGGAUUUUUAUCGAUCCCUCUUGCUGAAAUGGUGAAUAGAAACAAAUGGCUGGAAACCACAUCCCGGGGCAGCCGCUCCCCUGCCCCAGCGCGAUGCUGAACCCCGGGAGGGCUCGCGGUGGAGGGGAGUGAUCCCUCCUCUCCCUCCGGCAGAGAUGAAGAUUUCACCGGCCUUCACA